UAUAUGAAGGUGACUUCGCAAAUUCACUCUCCUUGUAAAAGUAAAAGCUACUUCUUGACAAGCCAUAUGGGGAUCCACUGCUGAAGAUGAUGAAGCUCCCUUCAAUUUUCAAAAGCAGAAAAACCAAAACUUCAUGGAAAUGGUCACCUUUUAAGCGCAUCAGAACCAUAUCAUUCAAAGCCAAACAAAUGUUUAAGACCGCCAACUCUUUCUUCUCCAACGCUGUCAAGAUGGUGACAAUGCUGGACCCAUCCUGGUCACAAUCGAGGUGUUUCUCAGCAGUGCUUGAGGAUUCUGGUGGUGAGCUGAUAGAGAUGGCAGUUAAGGCAUUGAGAACAAAGAGGUUGUCAUUUGAGCCUGAGCCCGGGGACACAAGCUUCAUAAUGGGGGCAACCAAUUUCCCUUUCCAGGACAGCGUGAUGCAAGCUAUUAAAUCCAACAACCCAUAUACAGAUUUCCGGAACUCCAUGGAGGAAAUGAUUGAAGCUUAUGGGUUGGAGGAUUAUGCAACAAAGGAUUGGGAGUAUCUCGAGGAGUUAUUGGCAUGGUACUUGAGGAUGAAUGGGAAGAAAAACCACCGGUAUAUAAUCGAGGCCUUCAUUGACAUGUAUACUGAGCUUCCUUCUUUAUGUUCUUUUUCUUAUCAUGCGUCAGCUUCAUCUUCAAAAUCGAAAGAUUGGUGGGAAAUUGAGGUUGAAAGCAUUCCUUCAUGUGCAGAGAAGGGAAAAUGUCCAAAAUAUUGUUGAAUAUGAAUCACGGAAUUAUGGAAGAAUAUAUAAGUAUUGGUCAAGGAUUAUACUGACAUUAGUCAUUAUAUAAGAAAGCAAACUUCUAUCACUUUUAAUCCCAUAUUCUCGAAGUUUCAAAAAUGCUAUUUAUAUUUGAUACACCAAAUAAGUGAAAACCAAACCUUAUGGAGUUGUGUUUGGUUGACAAUCCUUGUUGCUGCUGGAAUAAGAUCAUGCAGUGGCGUGUUAUUAUAUAAGCAGGUUAAAGCGUGUAAGUUUCAAAGUUAAACUUUGUAAGCUAGCCUAAUCAGCUGCCACAUACUAUAUUGGACUCAUCAAAUCUGAGGAGGCUAUCUUGAAGUUGAUCAGAUUGGAAAUUAAAGCAAAGAUUGAGUCUGCAAGGGAGUAGUGAAGAAGCUUAUUCUUGACAAAGCGUUAUGUUGCAAAUGGGGAGCAUCAAAUGUUGUCUUCAUGUUUCUGAUAGUGUAAGCUAAAGUUAACAUCUGUACGUAGCUGUUUGAUGCAUUGUUGCAAUAUUCUUGUUUCUUGUCUUUGUGUGUAAUACAGUCCUGGAUGCUGCUUGUGGUUUAUUCCUUUAGUUAGGAUUGUCUAUAGUUACUGUUAAGGUGCUGGCUUUUUGUUUAGUUUGGGUGCUGCUACUUUGAAGCCUGCUUGUUUGUGUUUUUGUAUCAGAUUUUUUU